UGUGGCGGAAGUGGUUGGGAAGUGAGGAGCCCCGAGGGGGGCGGUUCCCGUUGCACCGCGGAGCCGGAUGUUUGCAGAGCUUUGACAGGCGUGGCAGCGAGAGCAGCGCCCGAGCUCGCCCCACCUCCCCAGGUUUGUCUCAGGUUCUGCUGUGGACUCGGCCAUGGACCCGCUCUCUGAGCUGCAGGAUGACCUGACCCUCGAUAGCCCCGGCCUGAACCAGCUCAAGCUGGCCUCCAUCGAUGAGAAGAACUGGCCCUCGGACGACAUGCCGGACUUCCCUAAGUCAGAUGACUCCAAGAGCAGCUCUCCCGAGCCUGUCACACACCUGAAGUGGGACGACCCUUACUACGACAUUGCCCGGCACCAGAUCGUGGAGGUGGCAGGGGAUGACAAGUAUGGGAGGAAGGUCAUCGUGUUCAGUGCCUGCCGAAUGCCGCCCAGCCACCAGCUGGACCACAGCAAGCUCCUGGGGUACCUGAAGCACACGCUGGACCAGUACGUGGAGAGCGACUACACGCUGCUCUACCUGCACCACGGCCUGACCAGUGACAACAAGCCUUCGCUCAGCUGGCUGCGCGAUGCCUACCGGGAGUUCGAUCGCAAGUACAAGAAGAACAUCAAAGCCCUGUACAUUGUACACCCCACUGUGUUCGUCAAAACCCUGCUCAUCCUCUUCAGGCCUCUCAUUAGCUUGAAGUUCGGACGCAAGAUCCUCUAUGCGAACUACCUGAGUGAGCUCAGCGAGCACCUGAAGCUGGAGCAGCUGGGGAUCCCCCGCCAAGUGCUCAAGUAUGAUGACUUCCUCAAAUCCACGCAGAAGAGCCCCGCGACCGCGCCCAAGCCCAUGCCUCCUCGGCCCCCCUUGCCCAACCAGCAGUUCGGGGUCUCCUUGCAGCACCUGCAGGAGAAGAGCCCCCCGGGGCAGGAGCCCAUUCCCGUGGUGCUCAAGGACACCGUCUCCUACCUGCAGGCCCAUGCUCUCACCACUGAGGGCAUCUUCCGGAGGUCGGCCAACACCCAGCUGGUCCGCGAGGUACAGCACAAGUACAACAUGGGCCUGGCUGUGGACUUCGACCAGUACAACGAGCUGCACCUGCCGGCCGUCAUCCUGAAGACCUUCCUGCGGGAGCUGCCCGAGCCCCUGCUCACCUUUGAGCUGUACCCCCACGUGGUGGGCUUCCUCGACAUCGAUGAGAGCCAGAGGGUGGAAGCGACGAGGCAAGCGCUCCAGGUGCUGCCCGAGGAGAACUACCAGGUGCUUUGCUUCCUGACCACCUUCCUGGUGCAGGUUUCUGCCCACUGUGAGCAGAACAAGAUGACCAACACGAACCUGGCCGUGGUCUUCGGCCCCAACCUGCUGUGGGCCAAGGACGCCGCCAUCACCCUCAAGGCCAUUAACCCCAUCAACACCUUCACCAAGUUCCUCCUGGACCAUCAAGGGGAGCUCUUCCCCAGCCCUGACUCCAGGGCCCUCUGAGCCCAGCCCUGCCCACCAGCCCCUCUCUGGCAUCCCCUCAGACUCUUCCUCCUGGCUUCCACCUCAGGGGAGCCGGGGCACCUUCCCCGGGGGUCAGGAUCUGCCGGGCUGCCACUCUCCCGCUCUGCCCAGCCCUCCUGUCCCCAAGACGUUUGUCUUCGCCUUACAUCUCUCACUGCCUCUCUGAAUGCCCAGCUCCUGUGGGGCUUGGCUCGUCCAGCUGGAAGACUGAACCCCAGUAACCCCUUUUCUGCUUUUCUCUGCCUCCGUUUCCUUGGCAGUGGGAUGGCCAGAUCCCUGCGGGCUGGGCUGGUACUGGGAUGGUCCCCCUUUCUGGUGGUGACUGGGGAGUGAACAGUCAAACUCCAAGGCGUGGCUUUGCCAUGCCCAGGUGCCUCCUGUCUGGGUCCAAUUGCUCUGCCUUUAUUUUGUUGUUGUUUUUUGUUUUUUUGGUACCGGGGAUCGAACUCAGGUCCUUGCACUGGCAAAGCAGGCACCGGAACCUCUGAGCUAAAUCCCCAGCCCUGCUCUGCCUUUAGAAGCCCCAUGGCAUAGAUGUAGCCCCUGUGCCUCUCCUCUCGUGCUCGGCUUAGCCCUGGGUCCCUUGCAGCUGAGGGAUGCCAGGCUGGAGCUUUCUGCCUUCUGGGUCCACCUCUCCCAAGUGGCCCUGCUCCUGGGGGUCCUAGCCCCCUUCUGCCAGGACUGGCAGCUUGGAUGCAGGACCCACUGGAAAUGGCCAUACUGCAUCUGUCCGUGGUGGCUCCUCCUCCAGCAAGGGGACUCUGGGCUGGUGCUGAGGCUCACAGUACCGACAAGAGGGGCAGAGAUUUUGACGAUAGACCAACCCCCGCAGGGGCUCCUCCUAGCUUUGUGCCAAGGGAGUCUGAUGCCUGCCCUUGUCCUUCAGAAAGCCUGGGCUCCUGAUGGGUGACAUCCCUUUCUCCCUGGGAAAAUCUCCCUGCAGCCUUGUUCUGCAGUGACCCUGUGCCCACCGCAGGGGCCAGGCAGGACACCUCUAGAGCCUGGACUGACUGGUGGCCUGGCUUCCUGUGUCUUGGGCCUGGGCCAGGACUCUGGGCUCCCUGCCGCCUUUGUAUAUCGAGUGUUGCUCACAGCCUCACUUCCUGGGGAGGCUUUGGGAACUUUCUCCUGUCCCCUGUCCCACUAGCAUGUACCUGGGGGCAGUGGUACUGUGAAUUGAGUGUUCGCAUCCACACCUAAUGACGUCCUUGGCACCAAUCCUGUAUUUCACCGUUUGCACUUUUUAUAUUUCAAUAAA